AAAAAAAAAACAUACCUAUCUACAGUUUAUCACACUGAGGACAAGUUUACAAAACUAUUUUUAAACCUUUGUUUUGAGAAUGUGUGUCCUUUCCCACCAGCGUCCCCUUUGUUUCCUAGCUGCGUUCCCUCCUCCCGCCAUUCAUGCCAACCCAUUCCCCACUGAGACGGGGGAGGUGCACCCAAACAGUGUUGGGACAUACUGCUGCUUUAAGCUUUCACGCCACGCCCCAAAUCCAAGCAGUGUCUCAGCUCUUAUGCCGCACUCCAGUUCCACAUGGGAUCUGGCUCUAACACCAUGCCCUAACCCGUGCACCCUGCGAGCAGUUCUGGCUCCACAUGGCAACUCAGCUCUGCGUUGGUCAGGCUACCUGCUGCAUCUCUGGGAGCAGCCCCAGCUUCAUGUGGUGCCCCAGCCCCAUGCAGGGUCGCAGCAAGUAGGGUCCCAGCUUCAGGCCGCAACUCAGUUCCGCCUCCCAGCUCCAACCCCCAUGUGCCACGUGCCCGCCGCCACCGCCUGCCCACCCUCCCCCACCUUGCACGUGUUUCUGGGGCAGUUUCAGCCCCUUCCCGUAUGCUAUGUCCCGGGGCUCACCCCGCCUUCACUCUGCAUGCAUGGCCCCUAUGCUGGCCGGGCUCUGCCCAUGCUCCAGACCAGUCCCCACCCCCCAAGCUCAAGCAUGACUCUGGCUGCCAGUGCAGAGACAAACGGCAGCAAAUCACAACAGACAACUCAUAGUUGCUGAUCUGAUGAUGUAUUUUGUUUUCAGAUAUAAAAUUCAGAUUUUUUCUGCUGCCUUUUCUUGUGUUCCAGCCAUGACAAAUAUUUUCUUUCAGACCCAGAUAUAUGCUUAGAGAUGUUUAACAACUAAAAUUAAGAGAUACUUAUAAAUUCCUUUUGCUGUAAACCACUAAUGAUAAAUUCCUUUUGCUGGGAACCACAAGUUCUUUUCCAAGACAAGGGUUAUAUGAUAUAUACAUAACAACAAGACCAACACUGCGGCAGAAGCCUAACUUAAACCUUUCCCAGCCUGUCUGCCUGUCCUGGCUCAGCCCUCUACCAAGCCAUAAUUAACUAUAUUGAACUGAUGUUAAAUGACACCAUAGCUGAUCUCUCUCCUAAAUAAAAAGGUAAAAGUUAAUAAAACAGGCCAUCCUCCAAAAAUCAGAAGGCAUUAGACAUUUUAACAAUAUAGAUACUUAUAUAUGACAUAUAUGACAUGUCAGUUCCUAAAAUUGUCUGAACCUUGUCCUCCUUAUGGAAAGCCAUUAGUAAAAAUAAAUACACUGUUGAGUAUAUUUGACUCCUGCAUACUUGCUUGAUUCUAUAGAUACCUUCUACUUUACACCAAAUCCCAAACAAAAAGGCAAAACUUGACCUUCAAACUCCAUAGAGACCACCUUAAUAUGGCUUUUCAUGUUUUCAACAACAGAGAUAACAGUGACACUUGGAGUUCUGAGACAGGUAAACUGACACAAGGUGGAGCUGCCUGGACCCCCCCUCCCAUGGACCAUGCCUCAAAUGCAGCAGAAGACAUUGGGCAAGAGAGUGCUCCAUCCUGGCAUUCCUUUUAGACCUUACCCCAGGGCUCCUGGACCGUCCUAACCACCAGAGAGUGGUCUAACAUAUGUGCAUUCACCAGUGAGGUUGUCCUGGCUAAAACACCUGGCACCAGCUUCUACAUGGACAUUAACUGUCAUCCCGUCGACUCCUCUAGACCCCAGUACAGCGGCCCUUCCAGCAGGAGGCAGAAUUCUCCACAGCAGGAAGAAAUCUCCACACCUAUUCCUAAUAAUAAUAAUCAUAAGAUGGGAUAUGAAAGAGUUUUGGCCCAGCCAGGACACUGUAUCCGGUAAAGCCUCAAGCAGAACCAAGGAGCUCUUAUCUUCCCGACCCCUAGGAAUUUGUCCCUGGCACCAAACAAGUGCCAAUGAGAUACCUGUGCAUUCCUAAUGCCCCUCAGGCACCACCUCCAACCUAAGCUACAUGUAUGCCUCCAUUCCACUUGUUCCAUGGAGAGAUCGCUGACCCGGGAGGGAGAUGCCGCAUCCCAGGGGAUCAGAGUCUCUCUCUGCAUUCUUAAAAUAAAGGUCAUUUAUAUUUCA